UGUAAGCGCUCUGUGAAUUGCCUUGAAACUAGUACAUUUGUUUUGGAUAUAAAUAAUACGAAAUGAGAGCGUUAAUAUUUUGAAAAAGAAUAAUAAUAAUAAUCUGCUCACCCCUACAGGCGGUAGGAGGAUUUUGUAGUGUUGUUACUUCAGGGUUGGGACCAGCAGUCUUCCUGUUUUAGCAGCAUUGCUUGUAGUUAUGGUCUUUGUCAGUAUUAUCAAAGCUGGGAAGGGAGUGAAACGUGUGGAGGACCAUGAGUGAGCUGGAGCAGUUGCGGCAGGAGGCAGAUCAGCUGCGCAAUCAGAUCAGAGAUGCCAGGAAAGCAUGCAGCGACUCCAGCCUGUCCCAGAUUACAGCUGGUCUGGAUUCAGUUGGAAGGAUCCAGAUGAGAACGAGGCGGACGCUCCGAGGCCAUUUAGCCAAAAUCUACGCCAUGCAGUGGGCUACUGAUUCUAGGUUACUAGUUAGUGCCUCACAAGAUGGCAAACUCAUCAUUUGGGACUGCUACACCACAAACAAGAUGCAUGCCAUUCCAUUAAGGUCAUCAUGGGUGAUGACUUGUGCCUACGCUCCCUCAGGGAAUUAUGUAGCCUGCGGAGGCCUGGACAACAUCUGUUCAAUCUACAGCCUUAAAACCCGUGAGGGCAACGUCAGAGUCACCAGAGAACUUCCUGGACACACAGGUUAUUUGUCAUGUUGUCGCUUUCUGGAUGAUAGUCAGAUAGUCACCAGCUCUGGAGAUACUACAUGUGCUCUGUGGGACAUUGAGACUGGUCAGCAGACCACCACAUUUACAGGGCACAGUGGAGAUGUGAUGAGCCUGUCCCUCAGCCCAGACUCUAGGACCUUUGUGUCAGGUGCCUGUGAUGCAUCCUCCAAAGUGUGGGACAUCCGAGACGGAAUGUGCAGACAGUCUUUCACCGGACAUGUUUCUGAUAUAAAUGCUGUCAGUUUCUUCCCAAAUGGUAAUGCGUUCACUACGGGCUCGGACGACGCCACUUGUCGUUUGUUUGACCUUCGCGCAGACCAGGAACUGAUGAUGUAUUCGCAUGACAACAUUAUCUGUGGCAUCACCUCUGUGGCCUUCUCUAAGAGUGGCCGCCUGCUGCUCGCUGGCUACGAUGACUUCAACUGCAAUGUAUGGGAUACUCUAAAGGGAGAGCGUGCAGGUGUUCUAGCUGGGCAUGACAACAGGGUCAGCUGUUUGGGGGUAACCAGUGACGGCAUGGCUGUGGCCACCGGUUCUUGGGACAGCUUCCUUAGGAUAUGGAACUGACCUUACUGGGUUGGACUUCGGGAGCCACUCUUUCUGAUCACACAAUCACUGUAGUGCACCGCUGCCACACAGGACUCUUCCCUCUCCAUCUCCUCCUUAUAGAUGACCUGGUUUUCUUCAUCUUCUCUCUUUCUUAGACCGCAUUAUCCCACCAUCCUGCAGUCAGUCAAAGAGGUGAGGACCAACAGUGAAGAGCCUUCACUGGCUCUCUGUCUUUUGGGCUUCACGUCUGACUUGAGGUGGGGGACAGACUGUGUUGUGUACAGUAUAUAUCUGCCAUUCUUUGUGCUUGUAUGUAUAACAUACGCACUUCUGACAGUGUUUGGAUGUUCUGGUUUGUGGAUACUCGUGAUGGGUGUCUUGACUCUCCCUGUUUUCUUUUCCUGCUUAAUUUUUUUUCUUUGUCCGCAGUCACAGUAAUAUUUGCCACACAGUGGCCAAUGUAAUUAAUUAAGGGAUUAGGCUGCCACUGUAUUGUAGGCCAUCAGUGUUUGACCAUUGACCUUAAUUUAGUUUGCAUCAGGUAGCAUCAGUCUUGAGUCUAUUGUGUCAUAAAUGGUUCAGGCUCAGCUUGGUAGUGUGUAGUUGUGAGAGAAACACUGACGUCACUGAGCUUGUGUUUGCUAUCCUCUAAGCUUGACAGUAAUGUUUGGCACGAUUCAGUGUAUUAAACUGUAUUGCAGACUGCACAGAAGGAUUUACCAUCAGCCUGUCUGUCCAUCUGUCUUUACUAUCACUAGAUAUACUAUCUGAGAUUUGCUGCUUUCCAUAUUGAAUCGGCUGGAUAUAUGUGAUACAUUUAUGGUUAAAGGGAUAGUUCACACACAAGUGUAAUUUGUUGUCAUUUGCUCACCCUCAUGUUGUUCCAAACCUGUAUGACAUUUUUGUUUCUGUUGAAGUCAAAAGAACAAUUCUAAAGACGAUUGUGCCGUUUUCUAAUAAAUCACAAUAAAUGAGUACUGAUGCUUUUAUACUUAAUGGAUACAAAAAUCUAUAUGAAAGUGUUCCAGGUGACUCUACAUUCUAAGUAGUCUGAGGACGCACAAAAGACUGAGUGAGAAACAGACUGAAAUUUAAGUUGGUAAUCUAAAUUUAACCACUGCAUCCAGAUUGAGUGGGCUGAAUGAACUCAAGAACUGAAUCAGAACAAACCAAUUCAUUAACAUGUCAAGGAGACCUAUUGCAUAUGUCACUGUUAUUGUGUUUUUCACAAAAAGCUGUUGUAUGUCUUAAGAUAUGAAGUGGUACAAAUAUCAUAUGGGCCACUUUCAUGGUGCUUUUGCAUGUGUGGACGCACAAAAAAUGGGUUUGGAAUAACUUGAGGGUAAGUGAUGACAUUUUCAGCAGAACUAUUUCUGGAAAGUAUAAGGUUUAGUCUUUUGUUUUAAUCCAAACACCAAGCAUGGCCUUGAUGGUUUGUGAGACUUCACCAUUGGUGAGCAGGCUGAAAGUGCAACCUGAUAUCUAACAAAGGGCCUUGGUCACUGCCACUGUGACAUUUUCUGCCUUUCUACACACAUUAAGAACACCUGCCCUUCUGAGAUGAAGACCUAGGACUGUAUGCUUUUGCACUAGAAAAUAGUCAUGUGAGACUGCACACACUGGUGUUUCUGCACGUAUUUGAAUUAAUGUGCUUCAGCACUAUGACAAAAAACCUGGAAAAACUGUCAUGGACCACAAGCUACACUGUGCAUAUUUAGUCACAAAUGUGAGUAUUGAAGGUAUAAACCCUCUGUCUGUUUCUGUAAAAUAACAACAAAAAACGCAAGCCUUAAUAAUUUCAUAUUUCACUUGAACCAUCAAUAAUCACCUUAAAUUUGUGCCAAGCAGUAUGAAUAAACAUAUAGACUGGCUUUGUGGGCAUAUAAAAAUCUGUACAAAUGUUUUGUUUUUUGAUUGUGGCAGUUUAGAUUUUGGCAUUUUUUCCCAGAUAUGUUAUUGACGUAUUAAGUAUACUUGCAAAAUUAAUCAUCCAUUUACAGUACCAGAUUGCAUUCAGUAUUCUGUAUUGUUUUGUGUUUCUAUUUCAGGUGUUUAAUUUAUGACAUUACUGUUCAUCAGGUAAAUUUGUUUCAAUACUUCAUUUAAAUCAUGCCGUUACUUGUGAUAUGAAAGGACAUCCAACAAAUGUGGAAGAUCCUCCUUUUUUGAGUGUUUACAACAUUUAGGUGGUUAAGGUAAUUAAGGUAUAUAAAGAACUCUGCAUAGUGCGAUGAAGG